CUAAGGUCAUGCCAGAGUGUAGCGUUAAGUAAUUCCUGACCGGCCGCGUCUAGAUCGCAGGAGCCUUGUGCACUACACCAUACAGUACACCGUACACCACACGUACACUAUGAUGUGGUUUGAGAUGCUGCCCCUGUGUCUGCUGACGGCCAUUCAGCGUGUAGCACUACAGUCAACCCGUCCUCAUAUCAUCUUCAUCGUCGCUGAUGACAUGGGAUGGCAUGACGCCAGCUUCCAUGGCUCAGACAUCAAAACUCCGUUCAUUGACUCCCUGGCGUACAAGGGCAUCAUCCUGAACAACUAUUAUGUGUCCCCCAUCUGCAGCCCAACCCGCACAGCCAUACUUACCGGGAGACACCCCAUACAUACAGGCAUGCAGCACGGCGUGAUCGGGGGUGCCACUCCGUAUGGCCUGUCCCUGAAUGAGACCAUCAUGCCGCAGUAUCUGAAGGAACUCGGGUACGCCACUCACAUAGUGGGAAAGUGGCACCUGGGUCACUACACAGAGAACCACAUCCCCACGAGGAGAGGUUUCGACUCCUUCUUCGGCUUCUACAUCAGCCACGAGGACUACUACGACCACUCCGCCGAGGACGGAUGGGGGGGAUACUGGGGAUAUGACUUCCGGCGGAACCUGGCAAUAGAACGAGGCUAUGGCGAGGUGUACUCCACGGAGCUGUACACACGGGAAGCAACCACGAUUCUCAGACUCCACAACGCAUCACAGCCUCUGUUCCUGUGGCUGGCUCACCAAGCAGUGCAUGCUGGGAACUACAAUGGCGAUCCAGUCCAGUCACCUCAGAAAUAUGUCCAAAGAUUCCCUAACAUCAAAGACGUUCCCCGAAAGACAUUCGCCGGAAUGGCCUCGGCGUUGGAUGACUCCGUCGCCAGCGUCUUCCAGACACUACAGGAGACGGGGAUGUUGAACAACUCCAUCAUUAUCUUCACAACAGACAACGGCGGACCCACGAACGGCUACGACAGGAACGCUGCUUGCAACUGGCCACUCAGGGGCUGCAAGAACACGAUGUGGGAGGGCGGAGUGCGGGGAAACAGCUUCAUCUACAGCCCUCUACUCUUGACAUCCGGUUACGUCCAGGAGAAUUUGAUGCACAUCACUGAUUGGUUGCCCACUCUCUAUCACGCGGCCGGAGGUGACGUCAGCAAGCUCAAAAGACCAGACGGUUUCAAUUUGUGGGAAAUGUUGUCAACCAACGGUCAGGCAGUGAGAAGCGAGAUUAUACACAACAUCGACCCAACGGCAAACUUUGCAGCUAUCAGAGUGGGCGAGUUCAAGCUGGUAAAUGGACAUAUCUCGGGCGGCAAAUAUGACUCGUGGUAUCCCCCACCGGAAGCCGAUGCUGUCGACAUCAAACGGUCUCUCAGCGGCAACCCCUUAAGUGACAACAUCGCCAUCGUCGGUCAGCCUAUUGAAGUGAAAUGCGGACCUAAACCGCCGGAUGCUGAGUUCAACUGUAAACCAGAAGUAGCUCCCUGCUUGUUCCACAUUCCCAGCGACCCGUGUGAGUUCCACAACAUUGCUGCGUCACAUCCGGCGGAAGUGCAAGCAAUGUUGCGCAGGAUAGAUGACUAUAGGAAAACGAUGGUCCCGCCCUCCAACAGGCCGAUAGACCCGCGGGCCAAUCCCGCCCUUCACGGUGGUGCAUGGGGCCCAUGGCUCAAGGAUGAACAAGGGUUGAUCAGCAUACCAACUAUUAUCGGCAGACAAGUUUAAUGGUGAAUAAAAAUGUUUCUUAA